GCCCCCUGGGGAAAGAGCGGCCUCCGAACUGCCACAGAGUGCCGCCCCACGGGGAAAGAGCGGCCUCCGGACUGGGGCACCCCGGAAGGGUGAGUCCGCCGAGCGACCAUCGAGCUGGGAGCGCCGCUCCUGCCGGAAGCGGAAGCUCGCUCGCAGCACGAGGACGCGGGAGAGCGCGGCGCGUGGUAACCGUUGCUAAGGGCCGCUGCGGGGGGGUCCCGGACGCCUGGGUCCCCCGGGGGGGGAACCGCCCCUCCCGCAGCCCAUGGCCGCCCCCACGGACAAGUCGCUGCUGUCGGCGGAGCUGGAGGAGGACGAGGAGCCCGAGGCGCUGCGGCGGAUCCUGCUGCAGGUGACCCAGGGCGCCGACGAGGCCGAGACCCCCCCGGCGUCGACCUCCACGGCCGUCACCCCGCAGCCAGGUUUCUGCGUGAAGACGCGGGCGGGCGACGCCAAGGUCUUCGUCAACGUCUGCCACUCGCCGGCCGUCCCGGCGCCGCCCCCCCUGGCCCCCCGCGACCUCCGGCUGCUGCUCGACUCCGACGCCGCCUCGGCCUUCCGCAUCCCCAUGAGCCUGGGGGAGCCCCACGCCGAGCUGGACCGCAGCGGCCAGGGCUGCACGGCCUACGAUGUGGUGGUGAACUCGUCCCUGCUGCGCACGCUGCAGGCCGACCCCCUGUACCUGGAGUUCUUCCUCACUGUCGUCAUGGAGGGGCUGGCGGAGAAAUACGGUGUCGCCGUCAACCACCCCGGCUGGCGGGUGCUGCAGAACCGCAAGUUCCUCGGCUCCGUCUCGGCCCAAAACAUCCGGACGCGGCCCCGGCCCCGCAUCCAGGAGCUGGAGGGUGAGGAGCCGCUGCUGCCGCAUCCCCCCAGCCCCCCGACGCCGCCCCCCCCCGCCUACGUGGUGGUGGCCGAACCGUCGGCCGAGCGGCCCCGGGUGCUGCAGGCCCGCGUCCACCUGCCCCACGUGUCGGGGGCGGGGCAGCUGGGGCUGGCGCUGAGCGAGGAGCGACUGGUGCUGGGGAGCGCCGGGGGGGGCGGCCCCCCCCUGCUGGAGCUGGGGCUGCCCCUCCCCCCCGACCCCGCCCGCUGCCACGCCCGCUUCCACCGGCGCACCAAGGUCCUCACCGUGACGAUGCCCCUGCAGCUGUGACGGGGGUCGGCCCGGACGCCUGGGCCCCUCGGGGGGCGCCCGGAUGCCUGGGCCCUUUCGGGGGUGUGAUGGGGGGUCCCGGAUGCCUGGGCCCCCCGGAGCAGUGGGGGCUGCCGGGACGCCUGGACCCCUUGGGGGGAGCGCGAGGUGGGUGCCCGGACGCCUGGGCCCCUGCUGCGGGUGGUGUUUGUACAGGAAACGCAAUAAAGAGCGACAUGAGCGAGA